GCUCUGUUUGACGGAGAGGUUGAUCGACUUUUGUUUCCACACUACAUUCAUUUCCUCGUGAUGGCUGCAAGAAAUGAAACUAUCAACAAGCAUAUGCAUGUCGCUAAAGUUCUCGACCAACCAUUUCAGCUCGGCCUAGUUUUAACUCAUCCUGUAAAUCUAGACUCGACGCCUGGCCAUCAAUAUUUUUACUACUGUUUAAACAGUUUUGUUCAAAGACAGGAUCACCUGGGCAUCUCAAACCAUUCCAAAAUAAAACCACGCGAGAAGGUUUUCCUCCCUUUGAUGGACACGUCUUACGUGCUUGAAAUCGGUAGAUACUUGCUGUUUGGUGUUGGCGGACUGAUUUCUAUCGGUAUCGCAUGGGAUAUUUUGACCAUGGUUAGAAAACGUCUUAAGAAACAAGUAAAACAGAAGAACAACGAUCUGGAGUUGAAUGCUUGAAGAUGAAACAUACAGACAAGUACAUUAUUAUAUAGAGCUCAGUGUUUGUGUGACAUUGAGGAAUUGAACCUAUGGUGCCAUUUGAAAUCACUUCCUCUUUUUCUUUUUCCU